GAGGCAAGCAAGUAGCAAGAAAAUGCACAUGCAAGCAAGAUUCACUGCUCUAUCAAUCAUAUCCAAAAAAGUGACCAAAAUAUCUUUUUACCCCCCUUUGUCCCCACUACACACUAACACUACUACUAGUACUACCUUCCUUCCUACCUACACAUACAUCCUCCACAGUCCACACUUAUCAUGUUCUAUGCUCCUUCAUAAAUCAUCUUCACUACUUACUUCUUCAUUUCAUUUCAUUUAAUCAAAAUAUCCUAAGUUAGUUGUAUAUGCUCUUUCAUACAUAAAUAAAUAUCUACUUUACUACCAAAAUAUCUUAAUUCCUAAGUAUUCCUCCUCAGUUAGUUACAAACACCAAAACGAUGUCGUUUCCGUGCGACUACUGCGACACAAGAAACGCGGUGCUAUACUGCAAACCAGAUUCGGCGAAACUCUGCUUAGUUUGCGAUCAGCACGUGCACUCGGCGAACGCGCUCGCACUUAAGCACGUGCGCUACCAGAUUUGUCAAAACUGCAAAAACGACGCCGCUUCGGUUCGUUGUUUUACUGAAAAUUUAGUUCAAUGUCACCGCUGCGAUUGGGACGCUCACGGCGGCGGCGAUUCCUCUUCCUCUUCUUCUUCUCACCACCACCACAACCUCCGCCGUCUCGACGGACUCACCGGAUGUCCUUCCGUUCACGAGAUCGUGUCUGCUUUGGGACUUGAUUUGAAGCCGAACGAUGCAGUUUUUGUUGCGGAGUUUGAAGGUCCUGUUGUUCCUGUUGUUCAGAAUAGGGAUGAGGUGUAUGAACAGGUUGUGGAAGUUGCGAAGAGAAAGAGGGAUUUGAAUUGGUCAGUGUGUGGGGAAGUUGAAAAUGAGUUCAGAUUCAAUGAUUGUAGUAAUGAAGUUGAUGAUUUUUUGUUGCUUCAGCAAACUCCGUUUACUUCUUUGCUCAAUUUUUCAUCUGAAUUUGAUGUCGGUGCUAAGAAAAAUCAUAAUAAUGAUUAUGGAAAUGAUGCUGAGGUUCUUCUCUGGAAUCGUAAUCCAACGUAUCAGCCUCCUCAGGUCUGGGAUUUUCAAUUACAGAAAUCAAGAGAUAUGACAUUCAAUGGUGUAGAAGAUGCUUCGUUAUCGAUUCCAAAAUCAUUGCAAGAUGUGCAUAAUAUGAAUUGCUCAACACUUGGUGAUGAUGUUCUAUCAAGAAAUAAUCAAUCGGAUCAGUCAUCAUCGAGCCAGGUGAAGAAGAAAGUAGAAAGCAACAAGAAAACUAGAGAUGAGUUAUCAUCUGAGUCCAGAUUGAUUGAAUCAAUAACUUACAGUGGCGCCGAUAAGGUACCAGUUAUGGACCAUCUUUUGAGUGGGAGUGAAUAUGUUAGCAACAUAAAUGCCAAGGUUGGCUUGGAAGAGCAAGCAAGGAAUAGAGGGGAUGCCAUGUUACGCUACAAGGAGAAGAAGAAAACUCGAAGGUUCGACAAGCACAUUCGCUAUGAAUCAAGGAAGGCUAGGGCUGAUACGAGAAAGAGAGUGAGAGGGCGAUUUGUUAAGGCAAGUAAUACAAGUGAUAAUCAAGAAUGAUGAGUGCCUUCUCAUAAACCUAAUCCAGGGGCAUUGCCCUUGUACGUGUGUAUACACAUAUAUAUAUUAUAUCUAUCAGAAAAAUAUUAACAGGUUAUAGUUUUAAUUAAUGAGGGAUUAAGUCAGUAUUGGUUUAUUUAUUUGAUUCUUUCUUGGUAGGUAAUUUAUAUGAAUUUUUAUUUGUAACAUUAUUAACUAACUAUAAACUUUCUCCCGGGAUUUUCAUUAUUCA